AUGGGCGAGGCGGGCGAGGGGAACCCCCUGCUCAGAGCGGUGCAUCAGAGCCGCCUGCGCCUCACCAGGCUGCUGCUGGAAGGGGGUGCCUACAUCAACGAGAGCAACGACAGGGGUGAGACCCCUCUGAUGAUCGCCUGCAGGACGAAACACGUGGAUUCCCAGAGCGCCAGCAAGGCCAAGAUGGUGAAAUACCUGCUGGAGAACAAGGCUGAUCCGAACAUCCAGGACAAGUCUGGGAAGACGGCCUUGAUGCACGCCUGCCUGGAGAAUGCAGGCCCUGAAGUGGUGUCUCUGCUGCUGGAAAGUGGAGCUGACCCAAGCCUGCAAGAUCACUCCGAUUGCUCUGCGCUCGUCUAUGCAGUGAACUCUGAAGACAAAGAGACCCUGGAAGUUCUUCUCAGCGCCUGCAGGGCUCAGGGGAAGGAAGUGAUCAUCAUCACAACGGAGAAGUCCUGCUCUCGAAGGCAGAGAAGGAGGCAGUAUUUAAAUGUGCCUCCUGCCGACCUCGAGGAAUGCCAUUCCCCAACCACUUGCACUUCCCCGUCAGAAAUAGAACUCAAAACGUCUCCAUCCCCACUUCCAAGUUCAAAUGAACUUCAAGAAGCACUCUUCAGCUUCAAAGAGCUGGAUCGUGCCAGAAGCAUGAACAGCUCAUCUCAAACAAUGGCAAAAACAUCCACCUCAACAAAAGCAGGGUCCAAGCUGGCACAAGUGCAGUGGCUACAGUCUGAGCCUUGGGUAAAGAGCUCUCCAUCACUGUUUCACCAGAAUAAAAUUGCCUCUUUACAAGAAGAACUUCAGGACAUCACUCCAGAGGAAGAGCUCUCUUUUAAAAGAAAUGGUCUUGCCUUAUCAAAGAGAUUCAUCACCAGGCACCAGAGCAUUGACAUAAAGGACACAGCUCAUUUAUUGAAAGCCUUUGAUCAACCUGGAUCAAGGAAUUUAUCAUACAAUGAGAUAAACUCCCAGGCUCCUUGUGCUGAAGAGAAACAUAAACCCAGUGGGAUUCCUGUGGGUAAGGAGACCAGUUCAGAACAAAGCAGCUUCAUUUCAAACCUCCGCAGUAUCAUCCAGAGAAGAAAUUUAGGAGCAAAUCACUACAGCUCUGAUUCUCAGUUAACUACUAACCUAAGUCCUGCUGCUGCCGAAGACAGUAGGUCAGUGAGGGGAAAGAAAAAGCUUCUUUCUCCAUCUCACUCUUUGUUACUGAGUUCUAGAGAAGCACUGGAGAACGUCUCUCCUGUUACCCUGAGCAGGAGAAAUCCACCUUUUCUAGAAAGACAGGGCUCGGGAGCCUUGUUGUUGGAUCAUAUUGCUCAGACCAGGCCAGGUUUUCUUCCACCACUGAACAUUACUCCUCACCCCCCAGUUCCAGAUAGUACUUUCAUGAACAGGUUUUCUGGGAUGAUUUCUUGUGGACAAAAACACUUGGCAUCAGCAGCACCUGCUUUCCUUAGGGAGACCAAAAAUGUGAAAACACUGCUAAGGAGGCAGUCACUGCAGACUGAGCAGAUUAAGCAACUAGUGAAUUUUUAA